CGCGCUCUGUGUCACAGAAGUCAGAGCUCAAGACGGAACCCAAGGUGUUUUUGCAGAUCUAAACACGUCUCAAAGAGUUUCUGUUGGCUCGUACACCAUUUACGCUUCCUCUUCAUUAGCUGAUGAUGUAAUUUAAGCACCCCCCAGCAUUUCAUCAUUAAUUCCUCCAAACCCACACACUUCUCUUCCCUCUGCCUUUUUUAAACAUUUUCUCAUUUCCCCUCAGAGAAACUCUCAGAAACUGGGUCCGACUUUACGUUGGUGACCUCAUUGGCACGUCAAUCACCGAAGCCCGAGGACGACGACGACGACGACGGGGAGCUUCCCUAAUAGCAGGGACAUUCAAUUUAAUACGCCUUUAGAUCAUGUCCGUUUUCACCCUACGUACACUGGCUGACCAUCUCAUUUAACGCGCGCCCCUGAAGCAAAACGUUUCCCUCUUCAAACGGCUUUAAGAAAGCACUAAAUAGUUAUAGAACCGAGCUUUGUUAGAUCGUUGGCGGUGUUUGAUCGGCGAGAUGGGGAACUGUCAGGCGUCGGAGGCGGCGACGGUGGUCAUUCAACACCCGGGGAACAAGGUGGAGAGGGUUUACUGGUCGGUGAGCGCUCACGAGGUCAUGAACUCCAACCCGGGGCACUACGUGGCACACGUGGUGACCUCCCCGACGUCCAAGUCCGAGAACGGGACGCCAUUGAAGCAGCUCAAGCUUCUCCGGCCGGAUGACACGUUGCUCAUCGGCCACGCUUAUCGUUUGAUUAGCUUCGAAGAUGUGUUGAAGGAGUUUGCUGCGAAGAAAUGCGUGAAACUGGGCAAGUUGCUUGAGAAAGGAGGGCUUGGGUUUGGUGUUGGCGUUGAGACGAGAAGGAAUCCGAAACCGAAAUUCGAGAACUCCGGUUCUGUUGAGACGGAGCAGGAGGUUCACCGUCAGGGAAGCAACGGGGGCAGCACGGUCAGCAGCAGUAUUAGAGGAGGUGUGGGCAGGUAUCAUGGUGGUGGGGGCCACUGGAGGCCAGCCUUGCAGAGCAUUGCAGAGGUUGGAACUUGAACGCACUACCGAGCGAUGCUUCUCGCUUUCAUCGUCUCCCCCACCCAAUAAAACAAGCAACCAAACCUCCUCUCGAUCUCUUUUCAAACGUUUAAUAUAUAUAUAUAUAUAUAUAUAUAUAAUAUAUGUUCUCUUCUUUCUAAUUUGGAAAACAUGUUGCCUGUAGACCUUGCUAGGGUUUGUGUUAGAUGUACGUAGCUCAAUUUGGACACUCGUGAAACUCUGAAUUUAGAAUUAGAUUACCCCCUCGAUCUCCUUAAUUGUAAUUAGCCGCCGGCUAUCUAUUGAUCAAUGGGUUCAUGGAUUGGGUAUUUGGGUUGGUGUGUAA